AUGGAUUUUGAUGAGCGGAUCUCCGGGUCUAAUAUGUAUUUGCCGAGCUGCACGUACUACGUCUCCGGAACAGACUUCUCCAGUCUCCCUCACUAUUUAACCCAGAGUCAGUCCUCUUGUCCCAUGACAUAUUCUUACCAAUCCUCAACUCUGCCACAGGUUCCGUCGGUAAGAGAUGUGGCUUUUAGAGACUAUGGCAUUGAUACCUCCAGUAAAUGGCACCACAGGGGGAGCCUAUCACACUGCUAUACCGAGGACAUCGUGCACAGGGACGGCUGGACAAGCCCGAGCUCACUGGGGGGAGAGAUAUUCAUGAAAAACAACUCCAGUGUUAGCCACUCCAGCUCCAAUCCGACGUCCAGCUUCUAUGGCAGCGUGGGCAGAAACGGUGUGCUGCCCCAAGCCUUUGAUCAGUUUUUCGACACUGCGUACGGGAACGCAGAAAAUACACCGACAGCACACGCAGACACGGACAGACUCGCCACCAAAAUCAGCCCGGCUCCGGCUCCCAGCUCAGACACGGCGGAGAGCUGCAGCCCCAAGUCCUCCUCCGGCAACAAUGAGGAGAAACACACCAAAAACAGCAGUGGCCAAAGGACGCGCAAGAAAAGAUGCCCGUAUUCAAAGUACCAAAUAAGAGAACUGGAGAGGGAAUUCUUUUUCAGCGUCUACAUCAACAAAGAAAAACGCCUCCAGCUCUCAAGGAUGCUCAAUCUCACAGACCGCCAGGUCAAAAUCUGGUUUCAAAACCGGAGGAUGAAGGAGAAGAAACUGAACAGAGACCGUUUACAGUACUACACCUCAAACCCCCUGCUAUAA